AUGCAUUCAUUCCAAGACAUUGCAGAGGGUUCAACAGUCGCCAUUGGAAACAUACUAAAGACUAGAUUUAUGUCGUCAGAAAGAUUUGGUCCUAAUGACAUUGCCAUCAAGAAAAUUGAAGGCGUGAAGGACCCCAAGGAAGUGACUGAAGAACAAUGGAAGAAAGUGCUUCCUGCUGAAGUUUACGACGUUACCAGGAAAGCAGGUACUGAAGCACCAUUUACUGGUGCUUUCGAUAAAUUCUUCGAGAAAGGCCGUUACGUUUGCCUUUGCUGCGGCGCAGAGCUCUUCAACUCUGAUUCUAAAUACUGGUCUGGUUGCGGAUGGCCUGCUUUCUCAAAAUCGGUCGAUAACGACAUGAAUAUCGUACGCAUUCCUGAUAACUCUCUCGGCCGACAAAGAACCGAAGUGCGAUGCAAAAAGUGUAACGCACACCUCGGACAUGUAUUUGACGAUGGUCCAGAGGACACCGGGGAACGAUACUGCAUCAACAGUGUCUGCAUGGCGUUUGAGAAGGCCGAAUGAAUUGCACAAUCCUACUAAUCAUCUCGCUAACCCUUCUACCUCUAAGACUCGACUGUUGACCCUCUUUCGUGCAGACCACCUCGAUGUUGAAUUAACAAGUCGGAUUAGUUUGACCUUAAUGUUGCAGUCACUUUUAAAAUGUACACAGUUCUUAUAUAUAAAGCUUACUAG